AUGCCUACCAGAGAAGUUGAGACCAGACUUGUGAAGGUCACUACUGACAUUCGCAUGUCUCUCAAGAGUCCGUCCCCGGCGCUUAACCAGGACUCGGGAGAGUUCAGAAAGCAAACCAAGGACACCAAGCAGGAUAUUCAAUGGAUGGCAAAGAGCAAGCGCAAGUGGAAGAAAUGUAAAAGCCCUCCUCCCGAACAGCAACAAGAAGAGGAGCGUAUCCUCCAGGACCAGCGCAACUAUCAGAAGGAAAUAGCCGAAUGGAAGGGCCGGGAGUUUCUGCUCGACUUUUUGCAAUCUCACUUUCCCGAGCAUCUUGACAACAUCACACUCCGCGGCACCCCGACGCUCGAGGAGAUACGCAUGAUUGGCAAUGAGGAUUUGGCUACAGGCGUCCGUCAGUGCCGCCGUCUCUUCAACGCCCCCGUCAUAAGCGAUACAGUUGGUUCUCUACUUUAUCAAGAGCUCCGUCAGGGGCACGCCCUCGAUCAUACACACGAGGUCCAAUAUGAGGAAGAGGCGGAGAGCAACGAGGAUGGAGGGAGUAGCAUUUACAUGCCUCCCGGAGUCGUCCGUAGACAGAAAACAUGCGGCUUCGACCAGCCCAUGGUCACUGAUACCGCUCACCGCGAUGUCUACUUCAAUGGCGAAAUCGGUGGGCUGCUUGCAGACUCUUUACAGGCACCCGCUCCUUCCCUAAGGCGUGCAAACACGACAGACCUGAGUGAGACCAUGGCCCGCACGACGUCACCAACAGCUAGGGGAUGGUCUUCUAUGAGCCUGGCAAAGGACCGUCGCGCUGCUUCUAUACCGAUGCAGAAAAAGGCCUUUGACGGGUUCGUAAAGGAUAUAAAAAAGUCGGCGCGCAAGAGUGCCACGAGUUUUGCGGCGUCACUGGCUAGUGGCUACUCAUAG